AUGAACCAUUUUAUUCAAAAAUUGAAAUCACAGUAUCUCACUGACCGUUCACAUACCAAUAGUGAACCUCGUUUAGCUAAAACAUGGAAUAUCAACAAAACAACAUCCAAACGACAGGAAAAUCAAGAUAAUGAACAGAACAAUACCAACAAUGUCAAAGAAUCUAUAUCUCGAUUUACAUUAUUUGACAAUGGGCAGCACCAACAUAAUAUACCAGCACUUGAUUUAACUAGUCAUUCACUUAGUUCUUCAUUUUAUAAUCUUGUUCAUUGGCGACCUCAUCAUCAUACUACUGGAAAAAACCAUAAUAAUAAUAAUAACGAUGGUAGUGUUCGUGGGGAAAUGAAAGCUCAACUCCAACGAGUUCAUAGUGAAAGUUGUUUAGGACGGAAAUAUGGUCAACCUGAUUGUUAUAUUGGUAAAGGUGCCUUUGGAACAGUACGAUUAGUCAAAUCGGAUCAACAAGGAACGAAACAAGGAUUUGAACACCAUAACAAACAACAACAGCAGCAAAAGUUAUAUGCAGUUAAGGAAUUCAAAAGGUCAAGCAAUGAAUCGGUCAAAUCAUAUGUGGAACGUCUUACAAAUGAAUACCUUAUGACAGCCAUUCUUCAUCAUCGCAAUAUUGUAGAUACAGUGGAUUUGGUGCCUCUUCAUGAUGAUGCGAAAACUUAUUGUCAAGUCAUGGAAUAUUGUAAUGCUGGUGAUCUAUUUGGUCUUAUUACUCAAGCAGAUGGUCCUUUGUUACCAGAGGAAGCCAAUUGUUUUUUCAAACAGCUGAUUCAUGGUGUACAUUAUUUACAUGCAAAUGGAAUUGCUCAUAGGGACCUUAAACCUGAAAACUUGUUACUGACAACCACUGGAUGUUUGAAAAUUGCUGAUUUUGGAUCCGCUGUUUAUUUUACGGGGGAUGAAGAAAUGAUCUAUUGUAAAGGUGCAUGUGGUUCUCUACCUUAUAUUGCUCCAGAAGAACUUGAACAAGACUCAUAUGAUGCUCGAGCAGUCGAUGUUUGGAGUUGUGGUAUUGUUUUCAAUGUCAUGCGAAAAGGUGGAUUCGGUUGGAAGACUGCACAAAAGAAUUCAGACAAAGAUUAUGAACUCUAUUUACUCUCUCGACAACUUUUGGAACAACAACAGGAAGGAUGGGAUAAACAACAAGAUCGAUCACCAAAAACACCUCAAACGGAAGCGCAUAGUGUUUUAGCAAGAAAUCCCGGUUUUGAUAUAUUUACAGGUUAUUCAACAGUAGAAAAACAAUUAUUAUUCGACAUGCUUGAUCCGGACCCUACUACACGACUGGAUAUUAAUGAUUUGAUGGAUUCAAUAUGGUUUCAACAGAUAGUUUGUUGUCAAGAAUAAAAAGGAUGAAUUGAAUUAGCGGACAUUCAUUUUGUUGGUGUGCUUCUGUGUGUGAUAUGAUGUGUGGGUGGUCAAACCGGCAAAACUCAAUUUGAAAUCUCUGGAUCCCCUAUUUUUUUUUUUUUUCCUUCCUUCACU